GUACUGCGCCCGUUUGCAGCUGGCGCUGUUACAAAACGUGGAGGACAACCUCGUCCGCGAGCAAGCCCAGUUCGACUUGGCAGCUGCACAACAGACAGUGCAGGCAUGCGAUGCGCGAUUCAACGCUUUCUCUGCAGAAGUCCAGAAGGCCAAAGGAGAGCAGGACGAUCGGGUGCGAUCCGAGAAAGAGGUCUCCUCGGCCCAAUAUUUCAGGCAGGCAUUUGCAAACUCGACCCUCGAGGCAAACGCCAUUACCGCCCUUCUCCAGCUGUUCCGCAGGAAGAAGGAGCCGCUGAAUCGAACGAAGUCAUUUGCCUCGGAGAAAGAAGAUGCUGGGCGGAUGCGAAGAAGCGCCUCGACUGUGGGACUCCCCAACAAGGGUGUGCCCGGCUUCAACCUCCUGGAGGAAGCGGCUGCCGAUCCCUACUUGGAUCUGGGAGUCGAGCCGAAGGAGAAGCAACUCCAAGUCGAGGACGACAUCAAGUUCGAGGACUGCCCAGAGGGAGUUGACGAGGAGAGCUUCAACCGAAUGCUUGAGCUUCGGGCAGAGAAGCUUCGAGCAGAGGCUGAGGUUGCACGUGGUGCUGCUGUUCUCAAUGAGAUGGGCGGCUUCCUCGGCCACCUUGAGCGCGAGUGUAUGGAGGCCAAAGCCGAGAAUGACCGGCUCGAGAGGGAGCUCCGAGAGCACAAGGCGCUGAUGGGCCGAGAGCUCUACGACAUCGAGAUCCUCUUCAAGCUGAAGCAGGGUCAGGUCGAAGUCCCACAGGCAGCUGUGGUCACGGACUACUCAGACGCCAUUGUAAUCGAUCAGGAGGUCGUGGAGUCACGCAAUCGGCGGAUCACGGAACUGGGCAAGGACAAGGUGCACAUCCUCACAAAGAUCAAGGAGUUCAGAAAGUCUUUAAGCACACUGGACUGGGAGCAUGAGAUGUUGGCACUUCAGACGACGGAUCUCGAGGAGCGUACCAAAGAUGUACACAUGCUUCGAGUGACAAAGGAUUUGCAGUCGCUGCUGAAGGGAGGUGAGGAAGGCAGAAAUAAGGCGGAAUCGGAUCUGCUGGAACGCAAGAUCGAGCAUCUAAGCGAAGCGACCGAGAAGAAAGAGCAGGCAUUGAAGAAGCAGUAUUCGAUGCUUGCCCAUGCAGCAAAGCUCAGAAAGAACGAGAAUGGAAUGCUCGAGAAGAAGCUUCGAGAACUCCAGCAGAAUGUGAUUCAGCGGGAGCACAUUCGACGCCUGCGUGCGCCCUCCGGCCAACCACAAAAGACAGGAGGUGGCGGUCGCGUUGAGGAAGAUGAGGGUGCAGCUAAGGCGGCCCAUGCUGCCUUCAAAGAGUUGAGAAGCCGCCAGAAGCUGAUGGAGGUGGCCAAGAAGAACACGGAGGAAAUCGAGAUCCUGCACAAGGAGCUGGACCGCUUGCGCCAGAGAACCUUCCCCUCUUUCGUCCAGCUACACGAGGAUCGACCGGCGAACCCGGACCAUCGCUGA